GGGGCUUUAGAGUACGGGUCUUCAUACAAAACCUAUUCAUUUGCCCGUAGAUCCUUCACGAAUUUACAGCUUAUGCCACUACCGCAUGGAAGCGGAGGCGGUUUCCUAUUUUGUAAUAGAAAGGGAACUGAGGCUCCUUUCAAAUUCGUUCAUUCCUAAAUUUCUUACAUUUGUCUGCGUUUACUCUCUCUCUCUCUCUCUCUCUCUCUCUCUGUGAAGCCGAUCCAGCAGAAAACACCAAAGAACUGAAAAAUCAAUUAAAAUUAAAUUAAAUUAAAUUAUUAAGCUUGAAUUUUGAUUUUCUGUCGGGAAAAAAAAAAUAAUUAUGGGACACGGACAUGGUGAUAAAGGUCGGCCCAGUAAAAAGCACAAAUCAUCUGCAAAGGAGGAGCAGAGGAUCACAAUGGUCGAUGAUGAAGAUGCAUAUUUGGGCAAUGAAGCCGACGAUGAUUUUCGUGAUGGUGAAGAAGGGAAAAAGAGGGACUUCAGCAAAUUAGAGUUGAAACCCGACCACGCCAAUCGGCCUUUGUGGGCUUGUGCUGAUGGCAGGAUUUUCCUUGAGACAUUCUCUCCAUUGUAUAAACAAGCUUAUGAUUUCCUCAUUGCCAUUGCCGAACCCGUUUGCAGGCCGGAAUCGAUGCAUGAGUAUAAUUUGACCCCUCACUCAUUGUAUGCCGCGGUGUCGGUUGGUCUAGAAACAGAAACAAUCAUUGCUGUUUUGAAUAAACUGUCCAAAACCAAACUUCCCAAAGAAAUGAUUGAUUUCAUACAUGGUUCUACUGCCAAUUACGGCAAAGUUAAGCUCGUGCUUAAGAAGAAUCGGUAUUUUGUUGAAUCCCCAUUUCCAGAGGUGUUAAAGAGAUUGCUUAAGGAUGAAAUUAUAUCUAAAUCACGGAUUAUCUCUGAGGGUUCAAAUGGAAAUGAUGGAUUUACUGUUAGCAAAGCUUUGGGUGAAACGGGAAAUGGUCAUGGUGAUUUGCUAAAUGAAGCUGAGUUGGUGGCUGCAGCUGAAGAAAAAGAAACUCACUCCUUUGAGAUUGAUCCUUCACAGGUUGAAAAUGUUAAACAACGUUGUCUGCCAAAUGCUUUAAAUUAUCCCAUGCUGGAGGAGUACGACUUCAGAAAUGAUACUGUCAAUCCUGACCUUGAUAUGGAACUGAAGCCACAAGCACAACCACGACCAUAUCAGGAGAAGAGCUUGAGUAAAAUGUUUGGAAAUGGUAGAGCAAGAUCUGGCAUUAUUGUGUUACCCUGUGGUGCUGGAAAAUCUCUAGUUGGUGUUUCUGCAGCCUCCCGAAUAAGAAAGAGCUGCCUUUGUUUAGCAACAAAUGCCGUAUCUGUGGAUCAGUGGGCUUUUCAGUUUAAGCUCUGGUCAACCAUCCGGGAUGAGCAAAUCUGUCGUUUCACAUCUGAUAGCAAAGAAAGAUUCCGUGGCAGUGCUGGGGUGGUUGUGACAACAUACAAUAUGGUUGCUUUUGGGGGUAAACGAUCUGAAGAAUCUGAAAAGAUCAUUGAAGAAAUAAGAAAUAGAGAAUGGGGAUUGCUUCUCAUGGAUGAGGUGCAUGUUGUUCCCGCUCACAUGUUUAGAAAGGUCAUCAGUAUAACAAAAUCUCACUGCAAACUUGGACUUACUGCCACACUUGUUCGAGAGGAUGAGAGGAUUACAGAUCUCAACUUCCUUAUUGGUCCCAAACUAUAUGAAGCAAACUGGUUGGAUUUGGUAAAGGGAGGAUUUAUUGCAAAUGUACAGUGUGCUGAAGUAUGGUGUCCAAUGACGAAGGAGUUUUUUGCUGAAUAUUUGAAGAAGGAAAACUCCAAGAAAAAACAGGCGCUUUAUGUGAUGAACCCUAACAAGUUUAGGGCAUGUGAGUUUCUCAUACGCUUUCAUGAACAGCAACGUGGUGAUAAGAUUAUUGUCUUUGCUGACAACCUCUUUGCACUCACGGAGUAUGCAAUGAAACUUCGCAAACCAAUGAUCUAUGGUGCUACCAGCCAUGUUGAGAGGACAAAAAUUCUUGAAGCUUUCAAAACUAGUCGGGACGUAAACACAAUUUUCCUGUCCAAGGUAGGUGAUAAUUCCAUAGAUAUUCCAGAGGCGAAUGUGAUAAUUCAGAUUUCAUCUCAUGCUGGUUCAAGACGUCAAGAAGCCCAACGUUUGGGUCGUAUUCUUAGGGCUAAGGGUAAGCUUCAGGAUAGGAUGGCUGGAGGCAAAGAGGAGUAUAAUGCGUUUUUUUAUUCCCUUGUGUCAACGGAUACCCAGGAAAUGUAUUAUUCAACGAAAAGGCAGCAGUUUUUGAUUGAUCAAGGUUAUAGCUUUAAGGUAAUAACAAGCUUGCCUCCACCUGAUUCAGGAGCUGAUUUGAGCUACCAUCGCCUUGAAGACCAACUGGCUCUUCUUUCGAAGGUAUUGAGUGCUGGUGAUGAUGCUGUUGGCUUGGAACAGUUAGAAGAAGAUGCAGAUGACAUAGCUCUUCAUAAAGCUCGUCGUUCCAUGGGAUCGAUGAGUGCAAUGUCUGGUGCCAAUGGGAUGGUUUACAUGGAGUACAGUACCGGACGAAAGCUUGCUGGCCAAGGGCAGCUUAAGAGUAAGCCUAAGGAUCCGGCCAAGCGGCAUUAUCUAUUCAAAAGACGAUAUGGUUGAGAUGAAAAUAAGAACUACGAGAUUCGAAGAUUCUGCUUCUGUAUGUAUCGUAAUGCGAUAAUGAGUAGGCUUCUGUAAGUUUCCAAGAAAUAAACAUGUUUCAGGAAUUACAGAAGUGCAAGAUUAGGCUGUUUGGCUGUUGUAUAUGCUUCAACAUUGUUCUUAUUAGCAAUCCAUGAUUUGCUAACUAAUCCAAAACUUUCAAAUUUUGUACUAAGUGUGCUGCUUUUAUCAUGCUGCUAUGUACUACGUUUCUUAAAUAUUGCAGCAAAUCCUCCUUGCUAUUUACUUUA